AUGAGCACAGUUGUAGAUAAUUCAUCAAUAAGAAGUAAAUCAAUAAAAAACGAAGUCGAACUUCUCAAUCUUAAGAAUAUUGGGGAGCAGGCAAAAAAUGUGGUGCCCUUUAAACAAUCGAAACACCAGCCGCUUAUCCAAAGUUCAAUUUCGAAAGAAGCUGCCAUCAAGACGCAUACAUCGUUGCACGUCGACGUCACUCCCGAGAAAAGAGAAAAAAUCCGUCAACUCUACGAUCGUCUUGAUCGCGAUAAUGACGGCACAAUCGAUAUUCGUGAUUUGACGCAAGCGCUAAAGCUUGAAACCCCGCAUAUUCCCGAAAAGCUUGCGCCGAAAUUGUUUGCUCUUAUGAAAUCGGAUGAAACGGAUAAAAUCACAAUUCACGAUUUUACCAAUUAUGUUUUGACUCAUGAAGCGCGAUUGGCGGACAUUUUUUCGAAAAUCGACAGCAACAACGAUGGUUAUGUUGACGUGAAAGAGAUGAAAAGCUACUGUAAGGAUAUGGGAGUUCAUCUCGAUGACAACAAAGCGAUGAGUAUUGUUAAACAAAUGGAUCAAAGUGGAUCAUCAAGCAUUGAUCUCGACGAGUUCCAAUCUUUCAUGCUUCUCUAUCCAUCAUCAGAUAUGCGCGAAAUGGUGGACUUCUGGAGGCAUAAUCUGAUCAUCGAUAUUGGAGAAGACAGCCAAGUUCCGGAAGACUUUACUCCACAAGAAAUGCAAUCGGGUAUUUGGUGGCGUCACUUGGUUGCUGGCGGUGUUGCUGGUGCAAUGUCGCGGACAUGCACGGCUCCAUUUGAUCGUAUUAAAGUGUACCUUCAAGUGCAUUCCACGAAAUCCAACAAACUUGGCGUCACAAAUUGUGUGCGCCUUCUUCAUGCCGAAGGUGGCCUCAAAUCGUUUUGGAGAGGCAAUGGAAUCAAUGUUAUCAAAAUUGCUCCAGAAUCGGCUAUCAAAUUCAUGAGUUAUGACCAGGUGAAACGAUGGAUUCAAGAAUACAAAGGAAAUUCGGAGCUAACAACAAUUGAGCGUCUUUUUGCUGGAUCGACAGCCGGUGCGAUCUCUCAGUCUGCAAUUUAUCCUAUGGAAGUCAUGAAAACCAGAUUGGCAUUGCGAAGAACGGGUCAACUAGAUAAAGGAAUGUUCCAUUUUGCUCAUAAAAUGUACACUAAAGAGGGAAUCAAGUGUUUCUAUAAGGGUUAUGUUCCAAAUCUUCUUGGUAUUAUUCCAUACGCUGGAAUCGAUUUGACCGUCUAUGAAACACUGAAAUCUUUCUACGUCAAAUAUUAUACGGACGUCAAGGAGCCUGGUGUGAUGGCGCUUCUUGCUUGUGGUACAUGCAGUUCCACCUGCGGACAAUUAGCAAGUUACCCAUUGGCGUUAGUGCGUACUCGACUCCAAGCGAGAGAUUCUAAAACGAAUAUAAACUUCAACUACAAUUUUAUUCCAGCUAUUGCUCCAAAUUCGAACCAACCGGAUACCAUGAUCGGCCAAUUCAGCUAUAUUCUCAAAAACGAGGGAUUCACAGGCCUUUAUCGCGGCAUUACCCCAAACUUCAUGAAGGUGAUUCCUGCGGUCAGCAUCUCGUAUGUGGUCUACGAAAAAGUUCGAAAGAAGCUGGGUGCUAAUAUGUCUUAA